UGAGUCACAUGUAUCAACACAACUAAUCAAUUUUUGUAAUGCUUAACCCAAAGGAUGAAUUGAUUAAUCGAAAUUAAACUCGUCAACAGAAAGUGGACUCGAAUUACUUACACUUACACAGAACUCCGCGAUAACCGUGUACAGCGCCACCUCAAGAUCCCAAAUCUCCAUCCGUAAACCGAGUGAAAAGUGAAAACUCCGUGACGUAGGCGUAUCCGUAUUGGAAAAUUGCUCUUUCUCUUUUUUCGUAAUUCCUUUUUUAUUUUUUAUUUUUUUUAUUUGCUUGCCUCUAACUUACGAAAUUGGUCACACGAAUAGAAUACACAGUGAGGACAAGAACGAUCGAACGCACCAUUGAAAGGGAAAACGACGGAACAACAGUGUACGGAGAGAGAAGGGGAGUGGUUUACGGCACUGCUGCUUCGCACUCGCUGAUCCGUAUCUGAUGCGCGAUUGAAUCUACCAGAACGAAACGACGCGUAGUUUUGGAAUUCUGUUCUAGGUUUUGAUUCUCGGUUCCGAUCGACCGACGAUGCUGGCGAAUCAUUUCCAGAACGGCAUCGAAACGGCGAGGCUUGUUUGGUCGCGGAUUCCUAACUCCGAAGAGUCGCAGCUCCUCGACGACGCCGUUGGAAUCCUCAAGAACAACGACGGAGGCGGCGUCGAGAGCCUUGACUAUGAAGUCGUGGAGAAUUUUGCUUAUCGCGAGGAACAGGCGCAGAGAGGGAAGCUGUAUGUGAGUUAUUUGCUGGUGGUGAAAUGGUUCUUUGCGUUGCUCAUUGGCAUUUGUACAGGACUUGCUGCUGUUUUUAUCAAUAUUGCUGUUGAAAAUUUUGCUGGCUGGAAGUUCUCCGUGACCUUUGACAUAAUUCAGAAAUCAUAUAUUGCUGGUUUUGUCGUAUAUGUCCUGAUCAACUUGGUUUUGGUGUAUUCCUCUGUAUAUAUUAUCACACAAUUUGCACCAGCAGCUGCUGGAUCUGGUAUUCCUGAAAUCAAAGGUUACUUAAAUGGAGUUGAUAUUCAUGGCAUCCUUCUUUUCAGAACCUUAAUUGGAAAGAUAUUUGGAAGCAUUGGUUCAGUGGGUGGAGGCCUUGCUUUGGGUAAAGAAGGUCCUCUUGUCCAUACUGGUGCUUGUAUUGCUUCUUUGCUUGGACAAGGUGGAUCCACUAAGUAUCAUCUAAAUUCGAGGUGGUUUCAAGUAUUCAAAAGUGACCGCGAUCGCCGUGAUCUUGUAACCUGUGGAUGUGCAGCUGGAGUUGCUGCAGCAUUUAGAGCUCCAGUUGGUGGUGUGUUGUUUGCAUUGGAAGAGGUUACAUCUUGGUGGAGGAGUCAACUCAUGUGGCGUGUCUUCUUCACUUCUGCUGUUGUGGCUGUAGUGGUCCGAGCUGCAAUGGGGUGGUGUAAGAGUGGAAAAUGUGGACACUUCGGGUCUGGUGGAUUCAUAAUAUGGGAUAUAUCAGAUGGUCAAGAGGAUUAUUCCUUUGCAGAGUUAUUGCCAAUGGCUAUUAUUGGGGUUAUUGGAGGCCUACUAGGAGCUUUAUUCAAUCAGCUUACACUUUAUAUUACUACUUGGCGUCGAAAUUAUCUUCACAAGAAAGGGAACAGGGUCAAGAUCAUUGAAGCAUGCCUUGUAUCCAUUUUAACAUCAGCCAUUUCAUUUGGCCUGCCUCUUCUAAGAAAAUGUACUCCUUGCCCUGAGUCUGAUCUUGCAUCUGGUAUUGAAUGUCCACGACCACCUGGAAUGUAUGGGAAUUAUGUUAAUUUUUUUUGUAGCAAAGACAAGGAAUACAAUGAUCUUGCAACUAUUUUCUUCAAUACACAGGAUGAUGCCAUAAGGAAUUUGUUCAGUGCAAAAACAAUAAAUGAGUACAGUUCCCAAAGUUUAUUAACCUUUUUGGUUAUGUUUUAUGCUUUAGCAGUGAUCACGUUUGGUACUGCUGUGCCAGCUGGUCAAUUUGUUCCUGGUAUAAUGAUAGGAUCAACAUAUGGGCGCCUUGUUGGCAUGUUUGUCGUAAAAUAUUACAGAAAGCUCAACAUUGAAGAGGGAACGUAUGCUUUGCUGGGAGCUGCAUCUUUUCUUGGAGGUUCAAUGCGGAUGACAGUGUCUCUAUGUGUCAUUAUGGUUGAAAUCUCAAAUAACUUAAAAUUUUUACCUCUUAUUAUGCUUGUUCUUCUUAUAUCAAAGGCUGUUGGUGAUGCUUUUAACGAAGGUAUCUACGAGGAGCAGGCUCAAUUGAGAGGCAUUCCAUUACUGGAAUCAAGGCCUAAAUAUGAGAUGCGAAAUAUGACAGCAAAGGAAGCCUGUGGGAGUGGAAGGGUGGUCUGUUUCCCUCGUGUCGUCAAGGUUUCAGAUGUAGUUUCCAUUCUUCGGAGCAACAAACACAAUGGCUUUCCAGUGAUUGAUCACACAAGAAGUGGAGAACCACUGGUUAUUGGAUUAGUGCUUCGUAGUCAUUUAUUGGUAAUUCUGCAGUCAAAGGUUGAUUUCCAGCAUAGCCCUUUACCCUCUGACCCCAGAGGUGGGGGCAGAUCAAUUAGGCAUGAUUCUGGUGAAUUUGCAAAGCCUGUAUCUAGUAAAGGAAUAUGUAUUGAUGAUAUACAUCUAAGUUCAGAUGACUUAGAAAUGUACAUCGAUCUUGCCCCAUUUUUGAAUCCCUCACCAUAUAUUGUACCAGAAGAUAUGUCUUUGACAAAGGUAUACAAUCUUUUCCGUCAACUUGGUCUAAGGCAUUUAUUUGUUGUUCCUCGUCCAUCUCGCGUGCUUGGUUUGAUAACGAGAAAAGAUUUAUUGAUUGAGGAGAAAGAAAAUGUGAAUACAUUAGAGCUUCAGUCAACUAGUGUAAGAAUUCAGCAUCAGUAUAAAAGAUUGACAAGGAAUAUAGAUGUGGAGCGCCCUUUGCUAAUUGGACUGCUUCAGAAUCAGACACCUGACUAACACUGCUUCUAACUUCCUCGAAGUCCUUUCCUCUUCCAAUUUUCCUUGAAGAUCAUUCUUUAUUAUUUCUUGUAUCCAUGUUCAAAUAGGUUAGAGAAAUCAAUUUUGGGGUAUGGGGUUAUAGACACUUUGCCCCAGAAUUUUGUAUAUUAGCCAUUAGGGAUAGGGAGGAAGAAUUCAUUAUAAUGAUACCAUGAUAGUUGUAUUUAGCAUAUGAUUUAUUAAAUAUCUGAGUUCUUGGUUGA